AAAAGGAUGAAGAAGUUAACAGUGAUUCGAAAGUGUCCAUCCAGAAUAAAGCUGAUGAAGAAAAAGCAGAUGUACCCCAUCUUCCUGCUUGUACUGAGAAGACACUGGUGCCCGAAGACCCACUGCGUAACCCCCAGCUUUCUGAUUUUGGUCUUUCCCAAUAUGCUUUCGCCAGGCCAUGGAGUGCAACGAAAGGUCGACAGGCAACAAAUACAUAUCAAGAAAAUGCAAAGAACAGGACUCCACUGAAAACACAGACCCCCUGUGUUUUGCCCAAAACACCAAAAUGCAUGCUGAAGAUGGACGAUUAUGAGUGUGUAACACCAAAACUUGAACACUUCGGCAUCAGUGAACAUACCAUGUGUAUGAAUGAAGAUUAUACGAUGUCGCUCAUGCGUAAAACUGCUCAGGCAAGCAAGAAGCUGGUUAAAAAAGAUGAUCAUGAAGUGAAUGUACGAGAAAUGGCAUCCAGGGAAAUCAUGGUUACUCCUCGGCCAAAACCAAAAGUGGCAGCUGAGAAUGCAGCUGACUGGAUGGCUUCUCCUAUGAUAUUUGUGUUCUGUACUCCUGAUGUGAAAAUCUCUUCCAGAACAAAUAGCACCGUGUUAUCCAAGUCACCAGAAACAAAUGAACUGCCUCUUCCCAGUCGUACAGAAACACCACAGUUUCCAGAUUUUGAAACAAGAUGGCUAAAAACAGAUCUGGUAAAGCAGGGGGAGAAGAUUGAGUCGGUGAAAAAGAAUGAUGCAACAGAUAAAAAGUACAUAGAAGAUAGCAUUCCUUUUGCGCUGAACUCUGAUGAGUAUCUUAAACACUUUGAAGACCCUUCUCCUCCCAAAAUAAAACACUAUGAGCAGUUACUCAAUACUCCUCCACCUCCAGAAAUAACAAGGAUACCAGAUGAUGUUCUACAGAUUCUGUCCAAGUAUAAUCAUAAAGUAGACUCUUCUAAAGCCAAGGAAAUGGAGACCAAGGCUACAAAACAUGAAAGUGAUUUCACUGAUGACUGCAACAAAGAGAACAGGUGGCUGCGUGGCCAUCUGAUAAACUGCGCAUGUUCAAGCACUGGAACAGCCGAGGAUGUAGCCACGGGGCUGGAGCAGGUUAAGGCUCCCCUUCAACCAGUGUUGCUGCUGAAGAAAGGCUUGCCCUGCAGCACGCUGAAGCGGUAUGAUGUCAGAGUGGGAAUAAUGCGAGAGAACUUGAAGUUGCAAGUCGUGGGAUGA